CCUCAGCAAAAGUAGUCCUACACUGAGUAAGCUUGAGAGGUGAGAAUAAUGGUUCUUCUUGACAAGCUCUGGGACGACGUGGUCGCCGGACCAUCACCGGACAAAGGUCUUGGCAAGCUCCGGAAAAUCUCAACCAAGCCCAACCCCUUAAUCAUCAAAGAUGGAGAUCAAGGGGAGAGCAGUGGAAGUGGAAAGUACCAGAGAUCUAUGUCUAUGCCGGAGACGCCGAAGACUCCGGUGACACCGACAACGCCGGGCUCGGCCAAGAGGCCAAACGUGUGGCGUAGUGUGUUCAAUCCGGGGAGUAAUUUAGCCACAAAGAAACUUGGUGCUAAUCUCUUUGACAAGCCUGAGCCUAACUCUCCCACUGUUUAUGACUGGUUGUAUAGCAGUGAGACCAGGAGCAACCAUCGUUGAAAGAAGAAGAAGAAGAAGAAGAAGAAGAGCUUGAGGAUAUAUAUAUAUAUAUAUAUAUAUAUAUGUGAUCAAAUUAAUAUGUUGUGUGUUUUGUGUUAAAUUAUGUGAAUGGUUUGAUGAUCAGUGUUUGUACAUAAGUGUGGUUAAUAUAAUAUGAUGAGGUUUCUUGAAUGAA